AUGGUCCGACCGACCUCUACGCUCUUUAGCCUCAACAUCUCUCCUUUGGCAGCCGUCACGCUCGUCCUCGGAUCCUGCGUCUUGCCCGGUGCCAACGCUCGAGCCUCUCACGUCGGCCGAGGCUGCAACGGCGAACACCUCGCCAAACGCAACCCUUACCUCUUUCCCGAAGAGUCGUCUUCCCACUCUCCGCUUCUCAAACGACAAGACGCUGCAGGAUACUCGCCGGACAACCUAGACCCCGUCUCCCAGUGCACGGGGUACUCUUACCAGCCCGUACUGGAUAACAAGGCCAAUUUCCCGACUAUUUGGGAUACGGCGCAGCUCGUACCCGGGGAUCAGGAGGCGGCGGAUGAGUUGGCGAAAGCUGUGGCCGAGGUGAACAGGUUGGCACCGAACAUCUCGGUCAAGGGGACCUUGAAUGGGGAUUUCUCCAGCUUCACCCCGACCUACCCUCCCUCGGACCCGGACUGUUGGUGGACGUACCGUCAAUGCGACACACCCUCCAACACCGAGAUCCCCGCAGACGUCAUCGAGAUGCCCGAACCGUCGACUUAUGGGAUCGGGUUCGACGAUGGUCCGAACUGUAGUCAUAACGCGUUUUAUCAGCAUUUGAAGGAUAGGGAGAUCAAAGCGACCAUGUUCUACAUCGGUUCGAACGUCAUGAACUGGCCUAAACAGGCUCAGCGGGGUUUGAGCGAUGGACACCAGCUCGCCGUUCAUACUUGGUCUCACCAAUACUUGACGGCCAUGACCAACGAACAAGUCUUUGCCGAGCUCUACUACACCCAGAAAGCCAUCAAGCUCGUCACCGGCGUCACUCCGGUUCACUUCCGACCUCCCUUUGGGGACAUCGACAACCGAGUCAGGGUGAUCGCCAAGUCCCUGAACUUGACCUCGAUCUUGUGGGAGACCGAUUCGGACGACUGGAGGAUCAACACCGGGAACCCGCCGGUCACUUCGGAUCAGAUCGAUGCCAAUUAUCAGAGCGUGAUCGAUGCCGCCAAGAAUGGGAGUUAUAACACCAGGGGGACGAUCAUGCUCACCCACGAGUUGAACAAUUUCACGAUGAGCGAGGCGAUCAAGUUUUUGCCCGACCUUCAGGGGGCGUUUCAGCAUGUCAUUACGGUCGCGCAAGGGUUGAACGUUACGCAUCCGUAUGUCGAGCAGAACGUCACUACCCCCGCCUUUGACGGAUCUGCUGUGACGGGCAACGCCACGUCGUCUUCUGCUUCUUCGAGUGCCGCCGCUUCGAGCGCCGCGACCGGAUCUAGCACUGCGACCGGUAGCAAGGCCGCCGCCUCGUCUGCCGGUGCCGCUACCGACGCAAGCAAGACCGGUUCCAACACUGCGCCCGCUAGUACCGCCUCUCGAGCUUCUUCGUCGAACGACAACAAGAGCAACUCGGCUUCGUCCUCGUUGAUGGGACCUUCGGCCGUCUCGUUGGUCCUGGUGACAUGGGACCUACUCUACCCUGCUAGUAUCAUCGGUGGUGACCCUUCUCGGUAUCCUCUUCACUCGCCUCGUCAUCCCCACACACUCACUACUCCUGGCGCGUCAGCAAAGUUUCAUGCACAUCUCGAGGCGGACGACAUCGACAAGCUCUACAAGGAACUGCGACGCGCUCGGCGGCUUGACCUGCGAUACACAGCGCCCCCUGAUUAUCAUGUGGAGGAAGCCGAGUCCAGAAAGACCUGGAGCUACACAUUGUCCCGGCUGAUUAUCGGAAAACUGGAAGAAUAUCAGCUCAGAAAAGCCCUCGCUGCGAUCGGGUCCGUCAGUUCGGCCGAGAAAUUCUUGCAUAUACAGGACGCUCUCUCGACGACGCUCAUGUAUGGACCCGACAUCGAUCUCGUAGAGUAUGCCGAAUCGAGAAUCGCGCUCGAACUCCCUGCCGUCCGUGCCGAGGCCGACGAGUUUCGACAGAGGAUCAGGAUCGGCCUGCCACGAAUGAUGACGCACGGGUCGUUGGACUACAAUCCUCCGAUACGAGAGUGCCAGGACCUUCGCUCAGCGUGUGCCAUCGAGUACAGGAAGACCAGAAGCGAGAUCGUAUCUCACAUCCGAAUCGCACACGCUCUCGAUGGUACUCUCUAUGGACUCUCUCUGCAUGGCAAUCAAUGGUUCAGACCGUUCCAGUACACAGGUCAGGACGAGAUCACUACCUGGAUCCUCAGAGGCGACGAAAGGUACUUUUACAACCACGGCCUCGUGUCGACAGACGGCAUGUUCGAAAUCCCGAUCGAGACGGCCUACAAGGUUUUUCGGGAGAAUCCAUUCGGCAUGUUCGCUUUCAGGUUGUCACCUUUGCUUCCAGACCACGCACACAUUGGCCAAACUAAAGUCCUGAUCCGCUUCGUGGCUAGACUGUGUUGUGACCUCUUUGAGUUGAGGGAGCAGCAGGCGAGUCAUGACCAUGCCGAUAUACCUGUCGAUACGCUCGUCUGGCCAGACAAUGGGCCGUUCGAGGUCGAUCCCACGCUGGCGACACGGGUCGUUAUCACCGGGGUCACGAUCGAAGCCGUCACACCCGUCGUCGAGAGGAGAAACGCAAGAGAAGCGGGUCGCAAUGCGUGUGGCGAUCGUCGAGCCGGGCAGGAAUGUCCAAACACUAGGAAGAGGAAAGCACCGUCGACCAGCAAGACUUGGGAUUCAGCGGGCCACGCGCGGACACGCAACAGAGGUUGGAAGGGAUACGGGCUGGAGGGAUACGAAGGUACCGUAUAUUCGAAUGACACGUCGAUAGACACGCCAGCGGACUCGGACUCGGAAAUGUCGUGGCGGACCAUCGAAUCGAUUCGGGAUAUGCCCGUGGUACCCUUGUCGAUACACGGAUGGCGGCAACAGGUCGGGGCGCUCGAACAGGAAGAUCCUGCGGCGGUCGACGAUGAGCAGUCGGAUCCGGGCGAUGAAGAGCGAUCGGACGACGAGUGA